GGCCUUUCGUUAUUAACCGGACAGCCUUGCGCACGCAGUCUCGGUGAAGGACUGUUUUGAACCCGGGCAGACAACAUACGCAGCAUUAUACGCUUGCUCUCCCCUUGGAUAGCGGACCUGUGGAUUCGUACGGUUGAGAUGGAUGUUUGACAGUGUGCGCUAAUCUGCGAGAAGCCGAGGUCUGGUAGCCGGAGGAUGGAGAUGUGGAGCAGCCUGAUUGAGGCUUUACGGCUCCGCUACCUUGUCACAGGCAGAGAUGAGGGGAGCUCGGCGGAAGUGUGAGCACUGUGGCGUCUUCAUUUAGUCCUUUUUGAACGCUGGACAGCACCCAUCCAUCCAGACACCACGCAAGGGAUGUGGGGAAGCCAAAGAUCGGGGCUAUUAGACAUCCUUUCAUUGCCGCUGGUCGUGGCAGUGAUGUGCUGCGCCCAGAGCGUUAACGAACCGGGAAACAUGUCUUUCGUCAAAGAGACUGUGGAUAAACUGCUGAAGGGAUAUGAUAUUCGCCUCCGGCCAGACUUUGGAGGUCCGCCUGUUGCUGUUGGCAUGAGCAUAGACGUGGCCAGUAUAGACAUGGUGUCAGAAGUCAAUAUGGACUACACUUUGACUAUGUACUUCCAGCAGUACUGGAGAGAUAAGAGACUGGCCUAUGCAGGGAUCCCUCUCAACCUGACACUGGACAACAGAGUAGCAGACCGGCUCUGGGUCCCUGACACCUACUUCCUCAAUGACAAGAAGUCCUUUGUGCAUGGUGUCACUGUGAAGAACCGUAUGAUUCGACUCCACCCUGAUGGCACUGUCCUCUACAGCCUCAGAAUCACGACGACAGCAGCCUGUAUGAUGGAUCUGAGGAGAUACCCCCUGGAUGAGCAGAACUGCACUCUGGAAAUUGAGAGCUAUGGUUACACAACAGAUGAUAUAGAGUUCUACUGGAAAGGAGGGGAGGCCGCUGUGACUGGGGUGACACGCAUCAAGCUCCCUCAGUUCUCCAUAGUCGACUACAAGCUGGUUUCCAGGAAUGUGGUCUUUUCCACAGGUGCCUACCCUCGACUGUCUCUGAGCUUUAAGCUGAAGCGAAACAUUGGCUACUUCAUCCUGCAGACGUACAUGCCCUCCAUCCUCAUCACCAUCCUUUCCUGGGUGUCAUUCUGGAUAAAUUACGAUGCCUCAGCUGCCAGAGUUGCAUUAGGGAUCACCACUGUCCUGACCAUGACAACCAUCAACACCCAUUUGAGAGAGACUCUGCCCAAGAUCCCCUACGUCAAAGCUAUAGACAUGUACCUGAUGGGCUGCUUCGUGUUCGUCUUCCUGGCUUUGCUGGAAUAUGCCUUUGUCAACUACAUCUUCUUUGGACGAGGACCUCAGUUGCAGAAGAAACUGGCUGAGAGGGAAACAAAGGCAAAUAAUGACCGGAAUAAAUUUGACAGGCCCAAGUCUGUUCUGGAAGGAGGCAAUUGCAAGUCUUCGUCUGUUAAACAAUCCAAUCAGGUACAAGGACGCCGUCACUCACGACGGGUCGACUCCCAGGGGAACAUUUUGCUGACAACCUUGGAGAUUCACAACGAGGUGGGAGGCAAUGAGAUCACGACCACUGUGAGCGAGUCACACAACUCCUCCUCAAUGGUGUUCGACAACUCAGGGGUCCAGUACAGGAAGCCAAGUGGGCCACGAGCGCUGGGUCGUCACAGCACGGAUCGGAACGCGCAUCUAAAGAAGACACGUCUGCGGAGACGAUCCUCACAGCUCAAAAUCAAAAUCCCAGACCUCACCGAUGUGAACGCCAUUGAUCGAUGGUCACGGAUAAUAUUCCCCUGUACCUUCUCCCUCUUCAACCUAAUCUACUGGCUUUACUAUGUCAAUUAAUGCACUGAUUUUUUAAAACCCAUCCCUGUCUCACUCUUGUUUUUGAAUGAAAGCAGAUAAUAUGGUGUAAUCCUUACGAUCAUUUUUUCUAUUGUAGCGAGUGCAGAGAACUAUCGCUCAGACAGUGUGCAUCUGUUUAUGCGCGGUCACAAGGAUAAAGGCUUUCAUAAUACUUUCUGCUCUGACUCUUGAAGACUGGGACAUCUUACAUCAUGGGUUGACUCUUUGUAUUUACACUGCUUUAUGUCGGUUAUUACAGCAGCUCCCAUAAUUUCAAAGUGUGGUCACUCUAUUACAAAUUAAUGCUACUGACAAAAUGACAGAGGAAUAUUCAUAGUAAUGUUCCUGUGCAUCUCAAGUCGUCCAUCAAUUUGCACAUGGACAAAUAUGGACAGUUAUGAGCAUAUUCACCUGGUCCUAAAUCUGAGUUUAUGAUCUAGAUCUACAUUUUGGGAUGAAAGCUUUAGAUGUUGAACUAUUCCUUUAAUUUGCCUUGAAGUUGGUGUCACCACCUGUUCACUUGAUGUUUCAGAGUCACACUGGAACAGCUGUGACCUUGCUCCAAUGAUUAACUGGG